AGCGAGACAAGACGAAAAAGAACAACAAAAAUGGCGGCCAGUAUGUAAAGAAAGAAGCGCUAAACUUAACAUUUUUUCAGCUGUUUAAGAUCCGUCCCAAAUCUAGAAAGGUUGCUUUCAAAAUGUCGAUGAAUUUUGUUGGUCAAAGGGCUCCAUAUCCCGUCCAGUUUAAUCCAGGGACACCAUUAUCAGGUAGAUUUCGAAGUCCUUAUCAACAAAGUCCACCUCCAAAUCUUGGGAUGUCUAGUAGCAGGGGACAUCACCGUGACAGAGCAGUCACCUUCAUGCCAAACGACAUUAAGAUACCAAAACCUCCAAAACAACCAGAUAAACCUCUUCCUGCAUACAUGAGAUACAGUAGAAAGGUAUGGGAAACAGUAAAAUUACAACAUCCAGAGAUGAAAAUGUGGGAUAUUGGCAAGCUGAUCGGGGAACAAUGGAGAAAUUUACCCGAAGACGAAAGACAAGGUUUUUUCGCGGAGUAUGAAGUUGAAAAGUCUGAAUAUCAAGACGCAAUGAAAGCUUAUCACAAUUCAACUGCAUACAGAGAAUGGCUAAGAGCUAAGGAGAAAGCACAAAGUGCCAUACAGGACCAACAAAUGUAUGAAAAAAUGAUGGGAGGUUCCAUGCCUAAAGAGGAGCCACGAUUUCAACUACAGCAAAUAGAAGAUGAUGACGAAGAUGCUGAGUUCGCUGUCAAACAUGUGGCUUCGUCUCGUUUUCAACGAAACCAUCGUCUGAUCUCUGAAAUCUUCAGCGAGUCUACUGUUCCGGAUAUCAAGACAAUUGUCACCAGGCCUCGCUUAGAGAAUCUUAAAAGACAAGUUCAAUCUCUCAUGCAACAUCAGCGCAAACUGGAAGGUGAAAUUGAAGAUAUGGAAGAAAAAUUCGCGGCAAAAAAACAGAAAAUUCUCGAUCGAACCGCAGAAUUUGAAGAGAAAGUGCAAAAGUUUUUAGAAAUCCCAAGCCCUGUCACAGAUGAGGAAAAAGUCAAUGAUGGUGAUUCAAAAACCGACGAUGGUGAUUUAAAAACCGAUGAUUCGCCCAAAGACGAGCUUUUGCCUAACGAAGUCAUGGAAACAGAGCAAACUUUGAAAAGCACAGAUGACAUAGAUCUGCAAAUUCAAACAGUAGGCUUGUCUGCGGAAUCAGGUGAGAAUAUAACGAAAAAGCCACCAAUGCCGACAAACGUGAUAACGUCAACUCCGACACCGACAGUCGAGACGUCAUUGCCGAUUCAAAACACGCCGGUGAGUGAGUCAACGUUGCCGAAAGAAGUUAAUUCAACAGGUGAGAAGCAAACGUCAAGCAAAACCCCGAAUGUACCAGCCUCCACGCAGUAAGCAUGAAGAUAAAAGAUAUCUUGAUACGUAUUUAUUUAUUGACAAAAACAUUGAAAGAUAUUGCAUAGAAAUUUUGACUUAUAUAAGUACUAGUGCGAUUCAACUCUGUAUUAGGGACAAUGUUGGAGAAUAAAGUUUUUAAUUUCAUUGUA